AUGGCCCAGGUCAUGGAGCUUUACCACACGAUGGAAAGCGCUUGCUUUGAUAUCAUUGGUGGCUCUCUAGAUGCUAUCACACCUAUUGACAUUUCCAGCCACGAUGGCAUUGAUGCAAUGGAGGAAGCUGCAAUUCACAUCAUUGACUUUUACAGGGGGCAGGCCAUCAGUUGUGCCAACGUCACUUAUGGAAGGGCUGAGUGGGAGGAGCUCAUGUCAGAGAUCACACGGUUGGCCGGCUAUGCCCAAGAUGUCUCCAGUGAUUUCAUUCGGUUCGAAUCGAUGGGCGUGGCAUACUCGCUGAACAGCACCAUGACUCUCUUGGAUAAUUCAUUUGGCCAUUUGGUGAUGGGAUAUCCAGGAGUCCCUCAUGUACCAGUGCAGCAAAAACAAGCAUAUUUGGAUCGAGUUCUCAACCGCUUGCAGCCAGCA